AUGGAUGAACUAUUGGGGGCUAUAUAGCAAAGGAAAGCCAAAAUAAAUGAGAUUUAGGAGGCUAUUUAUUAGAUCAAGGGCAAUUAGCAGUAGGAGAGAUUGACUGUAUACUCUAUGGUAAGGAAGUUGAAGGAAGAGGAGAAGAUAAGAGCAGAGAAGGAGAAUUGGAUCAUAGGAGUGAUUCGAAACACCAAACAAUACAACGAAGAACAAAUGUGGUACAUUUAGAUUUCUAAUUUUAGUCACAUCUAUGUCAAGACAAAUGAAAUGAUGAAAGCUAUCAGCAAUCAAUUUUUAGAAAUCCCCUAUACACCUACAUGUAAUAUGUAUUAAUAUUUGGAAAAUUAUUACACACUUCAUUCAAGCUUCCAGAAGCAUCUGAAUUAGGAUACUCAAUUAAAAGUACAAUUUAAGCAAGCAGUCAGAGUUGGAAAUAUCUCAUUAGUGACUGAUCUAAUUAAGUCACUUUUAGGAACCUCUCGUAAACAAUACAGAGAUUUCGUCGAAGAAUUGAGUAAUCAAGUCAAGAAAGAACCAUCUCCACAGAAAAUUAGAAUAGAAAAUCAACGCAUUCGUUCAUCAACACAAAAGAUCGAAGAAGUCAAAUUAGUUGAAAAGCCUCCUACCACAACCAUGAUCAAUAAGGUAGAUAGAAUCAAACGAAAACAAAUCACUAUUUCAAAAAUACAAAGUUCUUGCGAUUUGUCUCCAACUACUGAAACUCCUACGUUAUAUCUCAGAAACAAAUUCAAAGAGAUCGAAAAAGCUCCAUUCGCCUCCAUGUUUGCCAAUAUCACCACUGUCAUUGAGGAUCUGGAUGAACAGAACAUUUAAAUAUGUGAUUAUCAGACAGUCAAGAGACAAUCUCAAAAUUAUGAAGAGUUUAAAACUAACUAUGAUGCUCUCUGUGAUAAGAUUCGAUUAAGAAACAAUCUCAUCUAAUAGAGUGUCUUUGACUAUACCAACUACGCAUUGAAAAGAGUCUAAAAUGUUGAGACCGAAUACCCCAAUUUAAUCAAAGAAAAAUACACUACACUGUAGAAUAAUCAAGAUUAUCAUUUCUGCAAUAUUCAACUUAAACCCAUUUUUGACAGUUUGUGUCCUUGUAUGCAAAAGCAGACCGUUUAACCGAAAAUGUCCCCCAUUAAAAACAAAGUCAUCAUCAGAAAGUCUAUCUUAUAGAUUAAAAAUCUGAUUAACAAUCUAAAAAAGAAUAAAUUGAUGUAAGCAAACACAACAAUAGUCCUAAUAACAACGGGAAGUCAAAAUAACAAAUGCCCACAACUCAAGUUAUAUAAGGAUGCCCAAUUGAUUAAGCCUCAUCCUAGAGCAUUAUCAGCCAAUACUCAACAGUAACCUGUCAAAUACUUGACAUGCUCGAGUUUUAUAGAGAAUCCUAUUGCAAUCAAAACUAAUCUCUUAGUUCGAAGCACUUAUGAAUGA